UCCACCGCCACCUCGAAGGGCUGGGGACCUCGUUGCUGUCAGGGAGAAGUGACUCUUUAUUAACAAGCACAAGGCGGGUAACCAAACUUUCCCUCAAGUCUCUGCAACUUGAAAACUCAGGGAAGCAAACUAGUAGCUUGCACCGUUACUUUCUCUGUCAACUAGGGCAGCCUCUGAAAACUUUUUUUUCUCUCAGAAUACAACUUGAACAACAACGGGAAAUAGUCUGUCAAGUGGAAAAUAAAGGGGAAAACAAGCACCUGCGAAAUGACACGAAGAUCCUGCGCAAUUUACGCGGUUGGGAUUGUCUGCGCCCACCUGCUAAUCAUUGGAAUUGGCUUAGUUGUGGCUCAAGUUUUCCGCACUGUAAUACACAACCGUCUAAAAAAGGAGAUCACUUUAACAGAGGGCAGCCGUGUGUUUGAGACAUGGAAGAACCCCCCUCCCCCUGUCUUCAUGGAGUAUUUCUUCUUCAACGUGACUAAUGUGGACGGAUUCCUGAAAGGGGCCAAGGCAAUGGUCACUCAGGUUGGACCUUACACAUAUAGGGAAUACAGGCCCAAGGCCAAUGUGACCAUGGUGCAAAAUGGCACAAGGGUGUCAGCAUACAAUCCAAAGACAUUUGUGUUUGUGAGAGAGAAGUCAGUUGGUGACCCGACUGUUGAUGAAAUAACCACUGUCAACAUCCCUGCAUGGGCUGUAAUGAACAAAGUGAAAGGCAGUUACUGGAGAGCCUCCAUGGUGUCCAUUUGGAUGAACUCUAUAGGGUCUGGACUCUUCACCACCCGCACUGUGCAAGAACUGCUGUGGGGCUACAAAGACCCCCUACUGGCCAGAAUUGCCCCCACCAAUCCUGACGUUGAGGAAACCUUUGGCCUCAUGUACAAGAAAAACGGCACUAACGAUGGAGAAUUUGUGUACUACACUGGUGAGCAAAACUACAUGGAUUACGGACGGGUUGACACAUGGAGAGGCCAAAGCCAGGUAUCAUUUUGGACAUCUAACCAGAGCAACAGCAUCAAUGGAACAGACGGAAGUGCCUUCCACCCUUUUCUGUCUAAGGAUGAACGGCUUUAUGUCUUCACCUCAGACCUGUGCAGGUCCAUUUACAUGGAGUUUGAGAAGGAUGUAGUUGUGAAGGGAAUCCCAGCCUACCGCUUCACACCACCACGGUCUGUCCUGGCCAGUAAGGAGGAGAACCCAGCCAAUGAGGGUUUCUGUAUCAGCCCAAAAGAGUGCCUGGGAACUGGCCUUCUCAAAGUCAGCCCAUGUCGAAAAGGUGCCCCUGUGGUGGCCUCCUUCCCUCAUUUCUACCUGGGUGACCCAAAAUACGCGGCUGCCAUUGAUGGACUGUCCCCUAUAAGGGAGCAUCACCAAACAUUCCUUGACCUUAACCCGACCACUGGUGUGCCUGUGCGUGCAAACAAGAGGGCUCAGAUUAACAUCUUGAUGGAGAGAAUCAGUGGAUUUCCGACAACUAGAAGCCUGAAUGAGACAAUCUUUCCUGUGAUGUUCCUCAAUGAGAGUGUGGUGAUUGACGAUGCAUCUGUGGCAAGACUCAACAAGCUACUGCUGAUAGUAACUCUGGUGUCCAACUUCCCCCUCAUCAUUGUUGGUCUGGGUGCCAUUAUGCUCAUUGUCUUCAUCAUCCUCCUGGUUCGUGCCCGCAAACAGAAGACCACUGCUGAGGAAGAUACUUCUUACACUCCAGUCAGCGACAAGGAAAAGGAUGACACCCAUAAUGGCACCUAUAUUGGCCUCACACCCACCACUGAUCCACAGUCCUGAGGAGAGAGUGCACGGAGGGCCGGGUGGGAGCAUACACUAGCAUACACUGGCAAUUUAGAAAUAUAGGUGAGGAUGGGGGCUUGGGGGACAGGUCAGAUACAGGUCACCUGCAGUAGAUAAGCCUGAAAAACAUAAAAGAAAAUGAAAAUAAACUAAUUAAUUUAAAAAAAAAACAAAAAAAAAACAAAAAAAAAAAAACACUAAAAUUGAACAUAUAUUAUUUUCCACCCUGGGAAGUGGCAUUCUGGGGGACAAGGGAGGCAAAAAUAUUUUUUAAAUAACUUCAGUCAUAGAGAGCUACCUAGAAAUUCUCAGCCUGGCCCUAGCUCUUUAGUAAAUUGGCAGCCUAGACUGAUCUCUAAAAAGCCGUUUAAAAAAAAAAGUCAGUCAUGGGCUUUUUAUUUGUAUUUUUAUUUUUUUUCAUCAGUCACUGAUGGUGUGGAAUUUUAAAUGCUUGUGAAUAGGCAACAGCUCUUUCUGAGCAGAGAUGGAGCGUGCAAGAUGUUAUGGUCCUUUGCCAAAACUAACCCUUAAACCCUGAUAUUUAAUGAGAUCUGGGAGUAUCUGAUAGUUUUAAAACGCUGCGACCUUACCUCACUCUCUGAUUGGCUAGACUAGUUUCUUGUUGUUUUUAUGAACUCUCGUUGCUCUCCAGAUGUCAGUAACUGACCACUCUUGUAAUAGGGCGUAAGGGGUGAUAUGGGACCAGAGUAAUGUGUCCAUAAACUGUGAGCUUUUCGGCAUCAUACACCACUCUCAGGGGGCCUUUGCUUUGACAUAAUCAAACAUGUAUUAAUGCACAAGAGACAACCAAAACUUUGGUUUCUCUUUCUGAUAAGUUUUAAUCAAUUCAACAUUUCUAUACUUCAGUGGGCUAAACUAAUUGUUACAUUUCAGUGGCUCAUCGUUUUCUAUCUGUGCACUGUAUUUAGAGGGAUAGCGGUGUAUAUCAGUAUUACCAAACCUGAAAAACUCUCAGUGUAUGGCAUAUUUAUGUAUAUACAGUGUAAGACUGAUUAAACUGCCUACAUUCCUCCAAAUGUAUGAUGAGGAUGAAUAUCACAAAAACGCUGUAUAUUUUGAAUCUUGUCAUUUUUGUGAAGUAAAUCCUUUGCAUCACGUGUGUAAAUCUAAUGUAGAGAGGUUCUACUGGUGGAUGUGCUCAAGUAGAAGUUUCACGAACUUUCUCUGGUGCCAUAAUGAGCUUCACUUUAAACAAUCAUUUAAAACUCUAAGACUUCGAGAUUACAGAGAUUGAAAGAUUGUUUCAUAGAGUAUUGAAUGUAUGACUUAACAGUAUUGCUGUCUUACUAUUACUUCAUAUGCUAACUAACAUUUCUAUGUCUGACAGUGUUUCAACAUAUCAGUGAGAUUUAUCAGAAAUAGCUGUUGAACCUUUUUCUGUUUGUAUUCAUAUCAGGUAUUCGUUUCUGUAUUUUCUUUUUGUCUCUCUUUUUUGUGUCCUCACAUUAUUGCUGCUGCUGAAUGUGAAACCCCAGCAUUUUUGUAUUUUGUCUUAUUUUGUGUUUUGGCUGUUUGCUUGUUUGUUUUAAUUUUUUUUUUUUUUUUUUUUAAGUUUCUGAAGGAGAACCACUUGCAGAAUAGUUGUGUCGGAUGACUGGCUCCUCAAAAAUCACUAUGGUUCAAGUAGCCUUUGGUUUGUAAAUGUUACUGAAAUUAUGACAAAAGAGUUACUGAAAUUAUGACAGUAAACAAAUGAUUAAGAUGUAGUUGUUAGUUGUGACAUGUCCCUUUUGGACAUUUUCUAUCUUGCGGAUAUUUUAUGAGGGGAUUGCUUUGUCAUAUCAGUCUUGAUUGUCCAGCUACCAAACUGAGAUAGACAGCAUUUUGUUUUUUGUAUACCCAGACAGUGUGAAACUGCACUCUGAAAAACUGCUUGAAUGAUAGCUACAUGUGUGACAGUACAGUAAUACAGCUCUCUCACUGCUGAAGUAAGCACAUUUUAUUUAAUGGCAAAACAGAAAUGUUGCAGACUUGACUAAAUUUGAAUUCUCUUCAGCCCAGUUGUUAUUGUUUCAUUUUCCACUCACAUUGCAUCGGUUUGCUGUAACACUUUAAGGACAAAUGCAGCGUUUCCCACCACCUCCUCCUGACGUGCACUGCCGUGAUCAGUAUUAAAUGUAUCGAGAAAUCAUAGAGAGGCUGCAAAAUUUUUCAUUUAGAGACUGUUCUUUCUAAACAUAUAACCAAAUAUUUGAUUUUAGGAUUUCUGUUUCACAUGUAUUUUAAAAGAAUCACAUGCCUCAGUGAAAACAUUUUAUGAAAAUAGUGAUGAUUCAUACAGAAUGCAUGUUGUAAUGAUUCCUUGACAAAUAGAGAUAAAUGAAUACAAAUGUAUAUGAGUGAGUGAGUGGAUGAUUGAAUGGAUAAAUCAAAUAAUACAUAAAAUGUUUUGUUACAGCAACCACAGCAUUAGGAAACAUUAGUAUAGUAGUUAAAAUGGAACACUAAAAAAUGCUUUUUAUUAGGCCGAUAUCAAACCCAAAGUGCGACACAUGGCAAGCAGCACCACGGGCUAUUUGUAGAAAAAAAAAA